GUACACACAUUAUUUAUUGUACAAUUCAUACCGAGAUAUUUUUUCCGAACCUAAUCUAAGUUUUAUUUUCGAUCCGUAUCUUCAACAGUGAGAUUUCUUGCAUAAAACAAUUCCCAGAUGGACAGUCCAACAACAAAACAACCAUUUGCGGUUAGACAAAGAGAUUGGCAUGAUGGAUUAUUUGACUGUACAAACGACUGUACUUCAUGUUGGCUUAUCGCGUUUUGUUAUCCAUGUUACAUGUGCUACAUGUAUCGUCGGUAUGACGAGUGUUUUGCAACUCCCUGCCUAAUUGUCUUCCCCGGUUUAACGCUCAGGUCAUAUCAUCGAGCUAAGCAUCAAAUACAGAAAACUUCCAUUUUCAUCAAAAGUCACUAGUCAAUGUAUUCAAUGCAGAAUAAAAUCAUGCAACAAUACAUAUUUAGCGUGAAACAGCUUACCUGAAGGAACUCCGGUUCUAAACAUUUAUUCGCCUCUUUGGAUAAUCCGCUCAUAAUAUUAUAACGAGUUUUGUCUACGAAUAUAUUUAUUUUUGGAUCAUAUGAAUAUUUUACUAUGAUAUAACUAGUCUCCGUGUCAUCAGUGUACUGAGCGAGUGAACAAAUCCUAGUUUCCAGCACUUUUUGGAAUAUGAUAAUUUUAUGCAGUAAGUUUUGAAAGUUAUGCAUACUUUGGUUACAAGAACUAAGCUUUUGUUACCCUCUUGUCAACAGAAUUCUUCUGUUUUCUUAUGAAAUAAGGAAUUUUUUUAAAAUUCUAUGUUAUACUAUAUUCAAUUUUUUAUCAUUAUCAUUUUUCUAUCUAGGGCAAACUUUGCAGAGAUUGGCUUACAGAUUACUGUUGUCCAUUAUGCUCUGCAUGUCAGUUAGAUCGUGAUAUGAAAUAUGUGGAAUCAACCACAGGAAUACUGAAUGUUUAAAAUAUAAAAAAGAACUAAUCUACUCCAUAUUUUACUUUCUUCACAACUGUGUUUUGUUCUCCUGUUUACAUAUUCUAUUGAACAAAUCUUCAUCUUUUAAAAAGCUUUCCGUUUAUCGUUUAAUAUUCUUUGUUUAAACACAUAUUUGUCAAAAAUAUAUUCAACAGUUCAAUGAUACGUGACGUUAAUUAGUUAAUUCUGUUUUAAUCAAUUCUAUUCCUUGUUAUUUGCACUGUCUACUUGUUUAAUUAAUUUUUAAUGUAAACACACAAUGAUGCAUUUGUAUGAUGAAUACACUUAAUUAAUUCAAGAAAAUAUC